AUGCAGGAUGACAUACCCGUGGAUGGUGAGCCGUGUGUGAAGCGAUGCCGGCACGAGACCGUUCCCGCCAUGACGUUUCCGUACGAGUUGGACGCGUUCCAGAGGGAUAGCAUAAAUGCGCUUGAGAACGGCGACAGUGUUCUUGUGUCUGCCCAUACCUCCGCUGGAAAGACGACAGUGGCGCUUUACGCCAUCGCCAAAGCAGUGCGGGAGAAAAAGCGAGUUAUUUACACUUCACCUAUCAAGGCGCUCAGCAAUCAGAAGUUCAGAGAAUUCACAGACAAGUUUGACUCCGUCGGGCUUAUGACGGGCGAUACAACCAUAAAAGUAGAUUCGGACUGCUUAGUCAUGACCACAGAGAUUCUGCGCAGUAUGCUGUACCGCGGAACUGAGAUGCUUCGUGAGGUUGGGUGCGUUGUAUUCGACGAGGUACACUACAUGAGGGACAAGUCACGCGGGGUGGUGUGGGAGGAGACUAUAAGUUUGUUGCCCGAGGGCUGCCAGUACGUUUUCCUUUCGGCAACUAUUCCAAAUGCCAGGGAGUUUGCGGAAUGGGUCGAGAGUAUUCACCCCGGCACCAAGGUGCAUGUAAUUCACACUGAUUAUCGGCCGGUCCCGCUGCAUCACUACGUGUACCCAUGUGGUGCCGAUGGUAUAUUUCUAAUUGUCGACGAGCUCGGAAAAUUUCGUGAAGACAAUUUCAGGCGUGCUAUGGCAUCAGUUGGUGCUGGUAAUAAAGGUGGUGAUGCCAAUGGUGCGGAGUCAACAGAGGUUGCGGCCGCUUCGCGUGGGAAGCAAAGGUCAAUGCGGAAGUCAACAGAGCCCAUUAUGGAGAUUAUCAAGCUCGUGAUGAACCGCAACAUGUACCCUAUUAUUGUUUUUUCAUUUGCGAAAGCUGAAUGUGAGCGUAACGCACUAGCCCUUUCCAAGCUAAAUUUUAAUAAUACGGAAGAGGAUGCGCUUGUUACGGAGGUGUUCAACAAUGCGAUGGAGUGCCUUGCGACUGAGGACAGGAAACUCCCAGCGAUUGAACACCUACUGCCGCUGCUGAAACGUGGUGUUGGGAUUCAUCACUCAGGUUUGUUGCCGAUUUUGAAGGAGGUCGUGGAAAUACUUUUUCAGGCGGGCCUUGUAAAGGUGCUGUUCUCCACUGAAACUUUUUCGAUGGGGCUAAACAUGCCCGCCCGCACAGUUGUCUUCACUUCCGUUAAAAAGUUUGAUGGGGAGACAAACCGGUACCUCACAGGUGGUGAAUACAUCCAAAUGUCCGGUCGUGCGGGGCGCCGCGGUUUGGAUCGUGUGGGCGUUGUUAUAGCGAUGGUUGACGAAGCAGUGGAGCCGGAGAUUCUGAAGCAGGUCACCGGUGGAGGUGCUGACGUGCUAAAUAGCAGUUUUCACCUCACGUACAAUAUGGUGCUCAACUUGCUUCGCGUGGAGGAUGUAGACCCAGAGUUUAUGAUGCGGCGCAGUUUCGCUCAGUUUCAGCGACUACGUAACCGGCCGGCGCUGGAGAUGAAGGCAGAAGAGUUGACGAAGGAUAUCACUUCGAUUUGUGUGGAGCACGAGGAAAUGUUCCGUCAAUACGCCCACUGCCAGGAGCAACUCGAAAAGAAGCGUAAGCAAAUUGGCGACUUUCUGAAACAGCCUGUUUUUAUCAGAAGAUUCACCAAUACUGGCCGACUCCUCCGCAUUCGACGUUCGACAGACGGAGCCUUGUUUAACUGGGGUAUCUGCCGUUCAUCUCGAGCAAAAACUUCUAAUGCUGACGAGAAGGACCCGUCCUCUUUUUCUGUGGAUGCUUUGGUUAUUUGCCGCAAGGCUGAUCCAUCGCAACCGACUCAGCUGGUGCCAUGCCACGUCAAGGACCACACUAUUAAUACGGCGGAUUUGUACACCGUAACGUUUGAUUUUACCGACAUCGAGGCUGUCUCCCGCUUCCGGGUAAAUCUCCCAGCCGACCUUGACUCGGCAUCAAGCCGUGCAGAGGUGAUACAAAGUUUGGAGAAAUUAUACAAAAACCAUGGGGAUGAUGUCCCGCUACUCACAAGCGAGGAGUUGGGAGUGAAGGACCCGAAGUUUAAAAAGUUAUGCGAGCAGUUGGGAAACAUAGAGAAGCAGGUACAAAAAUGUGAACUUGUGUGCAACCCAACAGAAGCGUUAGAAGCCGAUUACGAGUCUUUCAAAAAGCGUGCUAAUCUUGAGAGGGAACUGGACGCCAUCAAACAGGAGCUUGACCAGGUAACACAGGCUAUAUUCUCUGAUGAGCUUAAGAAGAUGAUGCGUGUGCUGCGGCGGUUGGAUUAUAUCGACAAGGAUAACAUUAUUUUGCGCAAAGCACGCGUGGCAUGUGAGAUCACGACGUCGGAUGAGAACGAGCUACUUCUCACGGAGUUGCUCUUCAAAGGUGUACUAAACUCUAUGGAGACUGAAAUGAUUGUUGCACUGAUGUCUUGUUUGGUGAAUGUCCACCGAACUCCCGAUGGUUUCUCGCUACCUGAAGAGUUCAGACAACCUUUAAAUGACCUUAACGAGAUCGUCAACCGCAUAGCGACACUGAGCAUUGAAAGCGGUAUUACACAGGAAAAUACAAGUGUUGAAAAGACGAUGCCUUCGCUCAUGGAAGUUACUUAUUUGUGGGCAAAAGGAGCAAAGUUUUCGGACAUUGUGACCAAAACUAAUGCCUACGAAGGGGAUAUCGUUCGUAUGAUGCGUCGCCUUGAGGAGCAGUUGCGUCAGAUGGCAGGUGCAGCGCGGUCUCCAGCCAUUGGGUGUAUGGAGCUGCACGACAAAUUCCUGAAGGGUAUUCAGCUCAUCAAGAGGGAUAUUGUUUUCGCGUCGUCGCUGUACCUGUAG